CAACUUUUCUCAUCUGCCACCCAUCUUGGCCUCCAGGACACAUCGGGCGAGCAGGGAGAAAAAAAUUAGGGCAAGAAGAUCAACGUCGUCGUCGUCGCUGCUGCACCUCCUUCUUCCUCCCGCCGCCAUGUCUGUGCCGAACGGCCCAGGCAGUGAGGACGGACAUGGCGUCGACGAGAGGCAGGAUUCGCUCGAAGCGCUCAGGGAUGAUGGUUCGCAUGUGGAUGCGGUGGCGGACGACGAAGAAGAAGACUACGACGAGUCGCAGCAGCAGCAGCAGCAACAACAUCAUCAACAACAACAGCAAUCACACCAGGCGCAGCCUUCUUCGGCGUCAUCGUCAUCGUCCUCACAUCGUGCUAGACCCGUCAAAAAGCUGAGGCCCAAAUCGCUUCGUGAGGCUCUUGAUCGGGUCCUGCAGCAGCUCAAGAAGCGUGAUCAUUACGAGUUCUUUGCGCUUCCCGUCAACGAGACCGAGGUGCCAGGCUACCAUGCCUUCAUCAAGGAACCGAUGGACUUCUCGACGAUGGAGAAGAAGCUCAGCGAGGGUGCUUACACCGAAAUUGAAGGCUUCAGGAACGACUUUCUUCUCAUCACACGGAAUGCACAGGCGUUCAAUCCUCCGGAAGGGCCGAGCUCCAUCAUUCACAAUGAGGCAAAGCGAAUCGAGGCCUGGGGGGAGAAGGCCAUUGUCCGAGAAGGCGCUGCAGUCGUCGUGGAGGAAGCAGAACCAGCCAAGGACCGAUCCGUGAGCGCCAACACAGCAAUGCCUAGCACACUCUCAAUGGGAAGAGGUGGGAGCCGGCUGAAUAUCAAGCUGAAGAGGGGAGGUGCUGGAGACGAGGUCUCGACAGCGAGACACACGCCCAUCAGAUCAUCGGCACUGAGCCAGGAGAUUAAGGUGGAAGACGACGAGGACACCGAGAUGAUGGACGAUGACGAAGAGGGGUUGUCGGACAGGGCGAGAUCGAGCUCUGUCCGAGAGAGCAGCGCAACCCUCGAGGCGGACGACGGCAGUCGACACCAGGCAAGCCCCUCUACGCCUGGCACGAACUCCAGAGCUAGCCCAGAGUCGUUGCGUCGGGCCGUUGGUCGACCCAAGGGAAGUGGGCUAGGACCCAACAAGGGAACACCGAAGAGCAGCCAGAAAAACAAGAACAGAACCAGUGUCGUCUCGUCGAUUCUUGGGUUGAGUCAGAAUAACGACGCAGAGUCAGACGUGAGGCAGGCGCCUGCACCCAUCAGCAGCACCUCGGGCGUCGUUGCGAGCGCACUCAAGCUCUCACAGCAGCCGGACGGAUCUAUCGACAUGGACAAGCUGGAGCCUGAUGAGCGAAGGGCUCUUCUUCGGCCCGCUGGUCUCGAUGUGUGGCCUGAUGUCCUGACACCGUUCGUCGAAUCGAUCCAACCGCUUCACCCGGACCUUCAAGCACAGGUCGGCUCCCUGGCGCGACCACCUGCUCAGGUGGUUGAUGGCUUUGCCGCCUCGAUGCUUUCUGAGCCGGCUUCUUCAUCUGUGACGCAGACCUACGACGUGUCUAAUCAGCCUUCUGAAAAGGCCAUGACACCGUUUGCCGUUUCAAGCGGGUGGACGUUUGGGGAUCCGCCAUCUGUUCCUCUUUCUUGGCCACAGCCAACAGCAAGUGGCCCCUCGGCCCAGUCGAACUCGCAGUCAGAUCCCUCUACACCCAUCCGAGCACUCAAGGGUCGCGAUCGAGAAAAGGAGAGAGAAGCGGCGGGAGCAAGCAACCUCGAGGACUGGACGUUCCCUCGGGCACACAUGGCCCGCCUUCUGCUUCACUCCGACGUUGGCACACAUCCAGGUGUGCUUCCUGCUGCAUGGGUCUCACACAUUGUCUCUUCCAAAGGCGGGCCUGCCGUCUCGAGACUCCCGCCCUUUCACCUCGCUGCUGGCCAGACACUGCAGAACGCGCUUCACGAGGAGUUGGCCUACCUUCCCUCGCGCGCCCUCUUGGGCCUCAAGCCAGGAGGCAACCCUGCUGUUGCCAGUUCCACCGAAUCACAAGAUCUGGUCACCACUAUCGAAGCUUCGAUGGCCAACGACUGGCGCGACAGCGAAGCAGAGAUCAAGCAAAAGGGCGUCAAGGGAAGCGAUGCGGUCCGAGAGGCCGUCUAUGGAGGAGUGAUUGGGGAGUCGUAUGCGAGGAGCGUCGACGACUUUGUCACAGGGGCGAUGCAGAUGGCGACCGACCGUGACGGAGAGAGAUCUCUUGAAAUGGAAGAAGAAGAGCGAGAAGCAAAGAGGAGAAAGGAAGGAGAUGGCGAGACAGGAAGAAAAGGUGCCAACAGCAGUCAUGCCAAGAGGAUGAAGAAGAGGGAGGCACUGCGCAUGUCGUCUUACUUUGAUACGGACGGUGAAAUCAAGGACGGAGGCGACUACAUCGGUGUCGGCCUAAUCCCUUUCGAUGUGCGAAAGGAAGCCGGGUCUGGCAUUAAGCAAGAAGGAGGGGAAGGCCAAGAGGAAGAGGACGAGGUCAAGCCACUCAAGAGGAAGCGAGACAGUUCGACGCCUGGGUCUUCUCGCCGAUCUGCGAGCAUUUUUGCGGACAGAAACCACCUCCACGGUCAAGGUCUGCAAAACGGUGGCAGGAAGAGUGCGGCAACAGGACAAAGACCAUGGACGUUGGAGGAAUGCAUCCUCAAGGGAAGAGUGCUGGACCGGUCACUGCGAGACUAUGUCCGUGAUACGGUCGUUUCGCCGCUCACAGGUGGCCUUUUGGACGUGCUCAUCAGGGCGGGAGGCGAGAGGCGAGAAACGCUGGACGAGGAGGCCCUCCGUAAAGCGCUAGACGGCAGUGCGAUCGAUGAAGAGCUGCUCGAUGUCUUGAGAGACCUCAAAGAUCAAGUCGGCGACGAGUCUGCUCUCCCUACGCCUGCUGCCAAUCUUUCCUCUGAGACGAUCGACUCUCUGACGAGCCCCCGUUCCAGAAAGCUGGAGAAGCAGCUUGCGGAGCUGGUUCGCGGAGGUCGGGAACCCAUUGAUCUCGACUCGCUGCUGCAAGGGCCCCAAGACAUGCUCCCUAGUCAGCACAUCCGUCGAGCAGGCGUUGCGGAGACGCUGCGCAUGUGUGCGCCUUUGCUCGCGUCAGACGACAUCAAUCGCAAAGAAGAGAUCCGCCAAAUACUCAUUGAUCUUGCAAAACAGGCACCGUCACAAGAGAUCAAGAAGGGGCAGUGGCUCGCUUGGAUCCAGAUGCAGCAGGCCCUCGCCGUAGGCCGUUCUUAGCUCUUCACACAAUAGACAACCUAGAAACCCAUCAUAGCUUUGUUUAAUGUUUUAUCACAUUGAUCUAAUUGUAUCAUACAGUC